UCCCCCCAAAAGAUAUACUUUCACAUCGAAUACGUUUAGCAGCAGGAGCAGAUUUUCGAUUUUCAGUCUUCAUCAGUGAUUUGAAUAAAUUCUGUGCAGCAAAGAAAUCACCAGAAUGAAGAUUUUUGUUACAACAGUUUGUUUGCUUAUAUCCACGGUAUAUUGUGUGCCUCAAGGCAAUGGUGUGACAGCUGGAAUACCAGGGUACACGCAACUGAGAUCAGAUCAGAUAAAGUAUCUUCAAGAGAACGGGUUCGGAUCUACCAGAAAAACUUUCAGACCUACCGUAGCUUACGAAGAGGUAGAAUACGAGGAAGAUGAAGUAGCAGAAUCAACACAAGGAGAACCUACUUAUGCUGUACCAAACUACCCAGUACCACUGAAAACUACACCUGGGAAGUCGUACGCUACUGCAACACCCAAGUACUACGCUAGUCCUUCUUCUAACAACUUUAGAAGAGCUGGAGACAAUCAAAUUAGACAAAAUAAACUGGAAGAAAUAGAGGAAGAAGAAAAGGAUGAACCGGAACAACCAGACAGACUGACUGAAUUGCUGCCUCAGUCCAAGUUCCAGUGUAGUAAUAAGAAAACCGGAUACUAUGCUGACGAGGAACUAGGUUGUGAGGUAUUCCAUUACUGUCACGAGAAUGCCAAGCAUUCCUGGAUUUGUCCUGAAGGAUUUACAUUUCAUCAGAUUCAGCUCAUUUGCAUGCCUCCUGGCGGUGAUAACAUAUGCGAAAAAUCUUCGGACUACCAUUUUGUCAACGAUUAUCUCUACAAGCCUGUGAAUCUGCAGGAAUACCAGCAGAAGCCCAACGUCAGCUUAAGGUACUCUGAUAGGUACUUCCCAGAUGCUUACAGGCCCAGAUAUGAUGACGAAGAUGACGCACCAGUCCACCAUCAGCAUUCUGUAAGAGUAACAAACGUCCCACGUUAUCAACCAGUCCAAUCGACAACCUUUAGACCACAAUCAACUUUAUCACAAGUAUUCAGAUCGCCAGAAGAGAUCAACAUUUCUCUUCAACAAAGAAGGCCUCAAUAUUCCAUUCCAAAAUAUGAAACCUAUUCAAAAUAAUUUUUUUCUUUUGUAUGCUUGCUUUCUUUCUUGACUUUUUUCGUUGAUUUUUUUGAAAGUAAAUCUUUGAAUAAGUUACAACAGUAAAAUAAAAGUUUAAAAAGGCUAGGUGAGAAAAGAAGUAUUUUUAGAACUGUUUUUCAAUGAUUUAUUUUCGAAAUUCUUAUUUUCACGAUUACUGAUGAUGGAUGAAUAUUUUGUGUGAAUAUAAAUUAAAUGUUCUUAAAUUAUGUUUUAGGUUUAAUUUUAUUUACUUAAGAAGUUGAUUAUUGUUUUAAUUUUUGUGUUAUUAUACAUGUAAUUUUUUUAAAAUAAAUAAAUUUUAAUCUAUGGAUUUUA